CUCUCGGCCAGUGUGAAUUAUGGACUUUGCGAUACUAUUGACCAUUUCGUGUAUGUAGCGUGUCAAAAUUGAGGAUAUCAGUGUGAUUUAUACUUGGCAAUUGUGUGGCUACAGCAACGACUUUUUCACACCCCGGGAUCACCCGUUGGAUUACCCAUUGAGGACGAUUGAGGAGUGCGGUCGAGUCGGACGUGAAUCCCCCGAUGAGAGGGCGUCAGUUGGGGUGAAUUUAAAUGCUCUCUCCUUGGCGAUAAAUCAAUUGAAAUCGGUGAAUCUAUCAAUAAUGUGGCGGACAACGAACCUCAAUCGGAUAUCGUUUAUCUUCUCGCUGACACUGAUCUCCCUGCUCGGAUGCCGUCAAAUUGAGGCACUUCAAAUGACAGACAUUUCCGUGCCGAGGGUGGCCGAUGUGAGAGACACGGUAACACUUUCAUGCACGUACAACAUGGGAACACACAAGCUCAACUCUGUCAAGUGGUACAAGGAUGGGAGUGAAUUCUUUCGAUAUGCACCAAUGAUGAUCCCGCCAAUUAUGACGUUUCCCGUGGUCGGCGUGACACUGCCUAAAGAUCAGACAAUUCUCUGCACCAAGAGCACCUGCAGUGUGAUCCUGGAUCAGCUGGAGCCACGCACCAGCGGCUCCUAUCGCUGUGAAAUCUCAGGCGAUGCGCCGGAAUUCAAAUUAAUCAGCCAAACUGGCAAUAUGACCAUUGCAGCUCUGCCCCGACACGAUCCAAUCAUCACCGGCAUCAGCCACAGCUACGAAGACGGUGACUUUUUGCUGGGCAAUUGCACAUCCGAUAUGUCAAGUCCACCGGCCAUGCUGUCGUGGUACAUCAACGAUGAGAAAGCACCGCCAGAGUAUCUCCAGCCACUCCGUGAGACAACCAUCGAGUCAGACGGUUUUCAAUUACGCUUCCGGAGCUUGGAGGUACGGUUUCAUGUAGAUAAGACACGGCACGCAAUUUUCCGGGGCGCCAUGCGACUCAAGUGUCUCGCCAGAGUUGAGCAGAUCCCGGCGGCCACGCGAGAGUCGAGCGCCAUUGUGUACAUAACGUCACAGGAUGACUUAACCAAUCAAAAGUUAAUUAACUAUUGGACUAAUUCGGGUCACCGCAAAUUUACGGCGCAACUCCUCCAUGUCACCCUGGCGGCGCUCGUGGGGCUCGUGUUGGCAGCGAGAUAGUGUAUUAAAUAUUAAAAAGGCCAAACACCCACGCUGCCGCGGCGGGCGGGGCGGCGAGCGCCCCCCAAAAGCGACUGGUAAGUCGACAAAGUCAGGAGCGCGCGACGGAGGCGGAGGUCAUGUAUUUGUAAUAAAGAUUUAAUGAGAAAGCGUUGGUUAGCUGAUUUAAUACUUACACAGACAGAUUUAUAUUAUAAAAUACAGCGUACUGUGUAUUAAAUUUUGUAAAUCUCUUCCUUAGUUCUUAAUAUAAGUGGCCUUAUUAUUUUCAUGUAUGCUCAAAAAGUGAUCCGCUUUCUGGGGCGCAUUUCGUCGGGGGAGAGACAAAAAUUGACGGUUGGAUUUUCUUUAAGACACAUUCACGAAAACACCCCCUAAACCCCACAAUAUGAGGACUGAGAAACACACCUUUAAAGGUAUUACAAUAUUUCUGGAAGCUGUGUAUUUAUCGAUCGGAGGCGAAGAGCAAAAGCUAAUGCAAAAUGCAAAGCAGAACCUUCUCAAGGAGGCAAUUUUGUAUUCAGUACCUUCAGUACAAUAUUUUAAAAGCUUUUCUUCGCAACAUCUCAAAAGUUCUCGCACGAAGAGCAUCACGAGCGCCCCAGAAACCGCAAUCACAUGUCUCCAACUGAAAAUGAGUGAUGUAUAAUUGAAUUUUCCCAGAAGAGGAACCGCGGAGGAUGAGCGCCCGGAAAAUUAUAGAUGGAAAAGAAAGAAAGAAAAAAAACACAAGACAAAAUCUAUGUGGGAUAUAUAUAUAUAUAUAUUACAAAAUACCCCAGAAUUGUAAUAUUUAAUGUAUAACAUAACGCAUAUCAUCGUAAAAUCCUUAUUAAAAAACAAGAAAAUUCUCAUUUCCUAAAUAGAUUUGAAAAGAGUGGAAGUCAUAUAAAUUAGAAAUGAUGAAAAAUUUAUAGUCAUAUAUAUUAUGGGAAAGAAAAAAACACUCCAUAUGAAUUGUUCUUUAUCCGGCCGAAAUGUUGAAUUUAGUGAAGAAAAAAGAAAACAAUUUUUGAAUUAUGCAUUUAUUGUAAUAAGUAACUAAAUGUUUGCAAAACACAACUCACUCUAUUUUCGUGUAUAAAGGACUUUGAAGGUAAUUAAAGAGUAUAAAAAAAUAUGAAGGAAUGACGCAAGAAGUCAAAGAAAACGUAAUAAAUCUAUCCUGUAAUGGUUAAUCCGUUGUGGAGGAGAAAGCGAGGGUGGAAAAUUGUGACAAAAGCUGUAAAUAUACGAGGAAAAAAAGAAAAGUGCGCACGGAAUUAAGGUUCUUGUGAGGUUAAAUCAAAGUGUGUAAAAGGAUGACAUAGACUAAUGGCAGAUGGACAGAGAGAAUAUUUAGAAUUCAAUGUAUAAAACACAUACUGAUGAAUAUUGAUGAAAAUUGACUCAUUAUAAAUCCCCCGGAAAAUUUGAGCAACACACAAAAUAAUCCUCAUACUCGUUGUACAUAUAGCAAAAAGUGAAAAAUCAAAAUUGAAUUUCAAAUGUAAUUUAAUAUUGAUAGUGCAUACACAAUUAUAUUGACAUUAAAUAUUUAUUAACAACAAAAAUGAAUUUAUUAAUAAAACAGAAAGUCAAAAACAUACACAAAUUUUGCACUAAUUACAUGAUAAAACAUUUACAUAGUUGUAUAAACGGGGGACUGAAGGAUCCGGACGUUAGGCAGACCCAAAUCAAAAGAAUCCCACUCAGUUUGAGGGGGUGUUUUUGCAAGUAAAACCAUCCCUCGUGGCGUGAAAGAUGACGAGGUGGAUAUUCAGUCAAUAAAUUAUUCAGAGAAAACAUGGAAAAUUUAACUCACACAAAACACACACACACCAAAAGAGAGUAAAAUAUAAGUAUAUUAAGGGGUAAAAAAAGAAGUGAAGACACAUGACUAGUUAAAUUAACAAUGAAUGUACUAAUGUAUAAUCUUAAAAAAAGGAAUGGAAAAAAAUCUAUGAAGAAUUAUCUCCCAUGAAAAGGAAGACAACAACUAAUAGAAUUGAUAUUUUUAUGUUAAA